ACGACAUUCACACAAGAAGCCCAAACAGUUUGCCCGACGAAGAAGAAGAGGCGAGAGGAGGUGCCCGGCAAGGCCAAAUCCUCGGAGCAGCCGAUGCGCAUCGCACCGCCUUUUUUAGGAGGACGAGGAGUGGGAGGGCAGCGGUGGGGGUGGGGAUUUUAAGCAGAUAUUAUUUGGCGCCCGGACGAAGGAGGAAGGGGAGAUUACGGAGAAGUUGGGGUGUACUGUGGGAUUGUCAGUGAGGAGGAGGACUGUGACAGAUAGUAGGAAGAGGAGGAAGAGAAGACAGGACGAAGAAGACGCAGAAGAGAGGUUCCUAUGGCAGCGAGGUCAAGGGGAUUGGUGUUUUUCGGACAGAGAUUGUUGAUUAGUUCUCGGGGAGGCUCUUCUUCUGUCGUUGCCUCUUGCAGUGCUUCAGAUUUGGGUUGUAAGCGGUAUUGCUCCGGUCCUUCUUGGGAGGAUAGUGCAGAUGGAGAAAUGGACAUGAGUCCCAGCAGGCGCUUAGAGCAGGCACUGCAAGAGAUCAGAAUUCAGAAAGCGGCCCCAGAUUGGUUGCCCCUCUUCCCCGGAGGUUCGUUUUGGAUCCAUCCCGACCAGAUCGCGAAAGAGCCCUCCAAGCCAUCAGGCCCCCUGCUGGAACCAGCGUCUGAGAGGGAGAUCUUUGCCAUGGUUGCUCCUAUGGGUUGGCCCUCUUCUUCAUCCGUGGAUGAUGGAAGAACUCCAGUGGUAGAAGUUGUGGAUGCUUCGGCGUCCUCAUACGGAUCGACAAAUGAAGAGGAGUUAUUGGCCGUGUUGGUUCCAUCAGGUUGGCCCGAGCUUUCAUCAGCUGCGGAAGCUUUGUGCCCUGAACCUGAAGGUGGUUAUUGAGCAUACUUCUUAUUCAGAGACGAAUUUUCCAGUUAUUCAUUGCCGAGCAAGCAGCAACUGGAGAAAUUGUACAUUGGUGCACAACCACACGGGAUGUACUCUUAGUGGUUGUUUGAGAGUAGUUGUGUACAUAUUCCAUUGUCAUAUAUUUGUAAAGGAACGAACAUCUAGGACUUGUGUUGGUUCAGUCGGACAUUUUCGAUUCCUGUAGAAUACCUGAUUGUUCGCACCUCGUAGACACAGACUGAUAGAUGAUUGUAAAUUGAGCGGUCAAACGAAUACUCGCUAUUUCGUUGUGCACUCAUCUACUUUCCAUUCUGUUUUAGUUACACCCAGCUGGGUACUGCGAACAAGAACUCUAGGCUCACCUGAAAAUCAUUUUGAUAUAACCUAGCCGCAGUGAUUAUUUGAGUUUUAAGGGUUCAUAAAAUAUGUUAGGAUUUUGCAAUCUACGCUGACGAUUGAUAUCGAGGAGAAGGCAGACAUCGUUCUUAUUCUAGGGCGUUUAGCAGGGCGAGUUGCUUGUUUAUGCAGUUAUAAGAUUCUUCAUUUCACCCUCUUGAACCUACUUAGUUGGUGAUCUUUUCAACUUCUUGAGCAUCUCCUUCUUUAGGAUUCAGACAGGCUGGGCACUUGAAGAUCUUAGGGUUGGGGUUUCUGCGUUGCAUAAUCGAUCAGAUUUUCGAUUCGAACGGACAAAACUUAAGUGCAAACUUUCAAAAUGUGAGUGUGCUAUACAUUUGCACGAAAUGUGCACAACCUCGUCCAAGCUUCUGUAUUAAGUAAGAAGUUCAAUAUCAAAAGAAACUCCCAUUUC